AUGCGCCGUUAUCCCGCGCCAAAACGCAUUCAUCUUGGACGGACAUCUGUCCGCUACUAUUAUCCGUCACCUGUGCUCUCCGAGGGCAAGCGGGAUCCCCAUUCCAUCCACAUCAAUAGCGAGAAGCUCUGCGAUGACCUCCUCAAGAGACUUGCGCCGUCGUUCCAAAACAGCAGCCCGAUCGAUAUUGUUGACUUAUACCCCGGAACUGGCCUCUGGUCUAGGAAAGUACACGAUUUUUUGAAACCACGACGCCAUAUCUUUCUGGAGCCAUGCCUACAAGAUUACAAGCCCUAUCUCCAGCCACUCGUCAAGUCCGGCUCGACCUACAAGCUUCUACCUUGGGACCCGUUGGAUGUAGCGUCAUUGGCAAAGUUGUUCUCCAAGGGCCAUCUCCCGGAGCAAACUCGGCGCGAACUGGGCCCUCAGGGAGCUUGUCAGCUCAAUCCGUCUCUGCUGGUCCUAGCAAACCUGACCCGCCAUCGCCAGAACUAUUCAAAUAGAUUCUCUCUUUUCCUUCGAUUCCUCGAGGCAUAUUUCAACCAAACAAUCCUUCACCAGUAUGGGCUCGUGCGUAUCAUCAUGAUAUUUGGUCCGAAGGAUGCGGCGAUGGUGCUUCCAAGGACCGUAUUUGGCCGUCGACGACUAAGUGUGAUCGCAGAUGCCGCAGGAGCAGAUAUCAUUCAGCUUACUGGUGACACACUCGAGUCAAAUCAGGCAGCAAUAAAGGGCCAGGGUCUGUGGGAGGAAUGUAGCAAGGCCGUUGCCGCCCGCGCGAGUCAUGCUGGGGUAUCGACUCCUCGUCGUCGCGCAGUUGCUCCCCUAGAACUCGCGCCCAUACCACUCACGAUGAUUGCUGCAAAAGAGAUCAAGUAUUUCCCACGGCCUAAACACGACUGGCAUGACAAGUACCUGGAGUUUGUCAAGGAGUAUGAGAAACAUCUCAAGCGUGAUCCUACCGCCAGGUCUCUCCCAGACCCUGAAAGGUCUCAGCGUUUCCUCUUAUAUCGAAAGCGACUUCUCCUCGAAAACCGGCAGAUGCCCCUUGUCAAAGAAGCUUCUGAGAUCCUUCUCGCCAUCGACAAGAUCCAAAUUGAGUUGCGCGCCCUGAUGCGUUCAGGGAGGCCCUACCCGCCUCGAACGACCACCCUUGUCUCCGAGAUGGCUAGUUUGACCUCCAAAUACCAAGACGCCUGCAAACAGCUCACCCCACUCCAUAAAUCCCAUGCGGUGCAACGCUUCCAAGAGACUCAUGCUUUCCAUACUAGCAAUGUCUCUCCCACCACUGGCGACAGGACUCCCCUAUUGUGCUGGGACCGCCGGCCUUUCGAACCUCUGCGUGUCCGACCGCAAGAAUUCAAGCCCCCCGUCGUGUGCAGCAUUGUUGACUUCCGCCCUAACCCCUCUUCUUUCAUGCUCCGGGAACUCGCCACGAUCGGCGCGUCGAACCAGCCCCGUGAUACGUACCAUAACCUCCUCGUCGCCUUCCAUCACGUUGUACGGAUAAUAUCUCGGGGUGCCGCCAAGGCAGCUGACAAGGCGCUGCUGCGACCAUUGUUUCCAGGACGGUCCAUGGCAGAGCUGGUCGCGGCGGUCCCGUCGCUGGAGGUAUUUGCGAAGGUUUCGGCAAGGUAUAAUGGGGCGGAAACAUUGGAGAACCUGACGCUAGAGUACGGAGAGGAUUGUUUGGCGGAUACAACUCUACGCAUCUUGCCGGUGCAUGUGCUUUGGGAUAUUGCACUGGAGUGGAACAAGUGGCCCUUGAGGCCGGUCGAGGCGCCAGACUUGUGGAAGCUGCUUGGCGGCAAACCCAUAGACCAGAUAGAAGCGACGUUUAAACGGAAGCUUUGA